UAUAUAAUAACCUAUUUUUUCUGAAAUAAAAGCUUUCUUUAUCAAUACCUUCAAUACCCAUAUCAAUAUGUCUACAGAAACACCCAAGAUGCAAUACGUUCGAUUCGGAAAUACCGGUUUAAGGGUAUCUAAAAUCUGCCUUGGUUGCAUGUCAUUCGGAAGCUCUAAAUGGAGCCCCUGGGUUAAAGAAGAAGAAGAGUCCAUCCAGAUCAUUCGAGACGCUUAUGACGCUGGUAUCAACUUCUUUGAUACAGCUGAUACCUAUUCCAACGGCCAAAGUGAAGUCAUUCUUGGUAAGGCCCUCAGAGAAAUUGGUGCCCCUCGAGGUCGUAUUGUUGUUGCUACCAAAGUCUUUGCUCCCGUACACAAGGAUGUUGGACGUCAUGGAAGAGAAGGCAUUAUGGAAGAUCCCGAAUUAGUCAAUGGUUUUGGACUUUCUCGUAAACAUAUCUUGGAUGGUGCUGAGGACUCUUUGAAGAGACUUGGUUUAGAUUAUAUCGAUCUUUAUCAAAUUCAUCGUCUUGACCUUGAAACUCCCGCUGAAGAAAUCAUGGAAGCAUUAAAUGACUUGGUUCGAUCCGGUAAAGUACGUUACAUUGGUGCCAGUUCCAUGCCAGCAUGGCAAUUCCAAAAACUAAAUGCGAUUGCUGAACGUAAAGGCUGGACCAAAUUCGUCUCGAUGCAAAACGUUUAUAAUUUACUUUACCGUGAAGAAGAACGUGAGAUGAUUCCUUAUUGUCUUGAUGCAGGUAUUGCAGGUAUUCCAUGGUCUCCCUUGGCGAUGGGAGCUUUAGCAGGAAAGAACCGAAAGACAACACGUGCAACAAGUAGCUUUCAAAUUACUUCUCUCGCUGCCGAUAAUCAAAAGGCUAGUAAUGAUCAAAUGGUGGACCGUGUAGCUGAAAUUGCAGAAAAGCGAAACAAAACCAGUGCUCAGAUUGCUUUGGCUUGGCUUUAUACCAAGAAAUAUGUCACUUCACCCAUUGUAGGCGUCAGCAAAAAGGAGCAUUUGAUCGAUUUGUUGGGGGCAAUGGAUAUUAAACUUUCGGAGGAGGAAGUGCAAUACCUUGAGGAACCUUAUACACCCAGACCUAUUUACGGUUAUUAAAUCUUCAUGAAUAAUUUUAAACAAUAAAAAAAUUUAACUUGUAAUAUGAUUUUGUGCACUAAUCAUCAAAACGCUGGGGAUGCUCUUAGUGUUAUGCAUCAUGUUACGAGCAAUACUGUUUCUUUUC